AUGCGUCGAGAAGAAAAUCUAUCUUUUAUAACAUCAAAACGACCUACAACAUGUCUUGGUCUUAUACCAAAAAAUCGUAUUUAUACAGAUGAACAAAUGCGUGGUGCAUUAAUAUUUUCUGAUAUUGAUUCUCGUCGACAAAUAACUGUAUCAGGUAUGGGUGAAUUUUCUUUACCACCUGAUCGUAUUAAAUUAAUUGUUAUUAUAACAAGUACAAAAUCACAUGCUAAUGAAGCAAAAACAAGUGUUACACGUCGAUUAAAAUAUGUUGAACAAACAUUAAGAAAUUUUGGUGUUAAAGAAUCAGAUAAAUCUGUUGUACAAUCUACAAUACGUCGUGAUACAAUGUAUGAAGUACGUGCUGAAUUAACAGCUAUAUUUAUUGAUAUACAACGUUAUCAAAAUUGUCAUAAUCAAUUAGUUGAAAAACUUGAUACACCUGUUGUACGUGUUCUUGAGCCAGUAUUUUUUCAUUCAACACUUCGUCUUGAAAAUAUUAAACGUCAAGCAAGUGUACAAGCAGUACGUAACGCUAAACAUAUAGCUGAAGAUAUAGCUCGAACAGUUGGUCUUCAUGUUGCAAAAGCUGUUCAUAUUGUUGAAGAAAAUUAUCAAGAAAAUGAAGGAAUAUUAGUUGUUACAGGACAACCAACAUCAUUUCAAAAUUUAAUUGAUGCAAAAACAAUUACUGUACAUGUAACAUUAAAUAUUACAUUUGAACUUAAAGCAAAAGAACGACAACAAAAAGACAUAAGUAAAAAAGAAGAUACUGUGUUGAUGAUGGGUUCUUGCACAUCAACCACAAAACAUCGACAAAAAGAUCAACAACAAUUGCAUAAACGAAUUGCAUUAAAAAAUUCAAUUGCUCUUGACAAUAAAGAAAAUUCAUCAUUAUUAUUGCCUCAAUAUCCCAAUCAACAAUCUCAACGUCCUCAUUCUUUAUUAUCUAAUUUUGAUAUUCAAUCACCUUCUUUACAAGAAUCAACUUAUCAUCAUUCACUUAAUACAAACAGUUUAAUACAAUUAUAUUCACCUAAUAUGAAUAAUAAUAAUAAUUCUAAUAGAAAUAGUUGGAUAUCAUCAUCAUCUUUUACAUCACAUAUUCCAACACGUAUUCCAAUAUCAACAACUCGAUUACCUAUUCAUCAAUCACAAUCAUCAUUAAUAAAUUCUGUACCAUUUACUAAUGUAACUACUACAUUUGGUACUUCUAAUGGGACAGGUUUCUCUCAAUCAAUGUCAACAACAAAUCGUGCACCACAUGCAUCAUCUAUACAAAAUAGCACACACCCUCGUUUUGGUUUUAUACCUCGACCAACAGCACCCGGUUUACAACAAACACAAACAUCAUCAUCAUCAUGUGUAGUUCGUAGUCGUUCAAUUAGUCCAUCAUCAUCAUCAUCGAUUAGUGCUAAUUCUUCAUCGACAACUAGUUCUCAACGUUUAACAAAAACUCAAACAAUACCAAAACCAAUAUCAAAUCGAUCUAUUACUUCUUCUUCGAAUACUAAUCAUGUAUUAAAAUCUAAAACAGUUCCUUCUUCUCACAAUAAUAAUAAUAAUAAUAAUAAAGAUUCAUCAAAAUUAACAAUAACUAAUCGUUUUCAUUCAAAUAUACCUUCACAAGUUUCAAAUUCAUCUGUAUCUAUUAGUCCUCCUCAUAUUCAAUCUACAAAACCAAAUGUUAAUGUUAUUCGUGAUCGAUAUAAAACUCAAAAACGUAUGAAUUUUUAUACUCGACAUAGUUCAAUACCAAAUUCACUUAAAUCUCCAUCAGUAAUUAAAGAAGAAAAAAAUGAACUAUCAUCAUCAUCAACCGAUGAACAUAUAACAAAUAUUCCAAAUAAUAAUCAAAAUGAUGAUUUAAAAACAGAAUCAUCUCAUCAAAUAUCUUCUUCACAUGGUGAUUCUGCUUAUGCAAGUAUAAUAUUACCUUUAAAUCGUUUAUCAUCUACACAACAUUCUCAAAUUAAUCGACAACGACAACAUCGUCCUAGUACAUCAUCAUCAUCUACACAUGUAUCUGACAUAUUAAAUAAUGAUUCAUUUCUUGAUGAUGAUAAUUGUAGUCUAAAAUCAGAUGAUUUAAUAUGUGAUUAUGAUGAUACAUUAACACUUGAAUCUGUUAGUAAAAAUGAUCAAACAGAUUCAUUAUCAUCUACAUCAUUAUCUAUUGAAACAAGUAAAACACCUAUUAUGAUAACAGCAACUACGAUAAUAAAACCAAAUAUUCCAUUAUUUCAAACUGUAUCAAAAGAAAAUCGUUCUUCAUCUAUAGUGAAAUGUUCAACAACUGAUAAAAUAAAUGCUAAUCUUAGAGAAUCACUUGAUGAAUUAACUGAAUUGAGUAAUCGAAUGGACAAUAUUAUUGAUAGUGAACAUAAUCGAAGAUUAUUAACACGCUCAUUAACAUUAAAACCACCAACUCCGUUACCACCGCGUGAGGAUGCUGAACAAAUAAUAAUGGAUAUUGAAUCUUAUCGACAAGUAAUGAAAGAUGUUACGGUUGUUAAAACAAUUCUUCAUCAACUUGAUCGAUUAUUGAAACAUUCAGAUGGUACUAAUAUGACUGAUUCAAUGAUUGGUUCAUUUCAUGAAUCUAUGAUCGGUCCAAGACAUUAUUCAAUAAGUGGUGGUGAAGGUAAUGUUCGAAAUAUAAUUGAUGAAAAUUCUUCUUAUGAUGAUUUAGUUAAAGAAGUUACAAUAUUACGUAAAGAAAGAGAACAAGAUAAACAAACAAUUAAAUUAUUACAAGAUCAAAUGUAUAAAUAUUCCAGUCAAACUAACAUUUAA